GGCUCGGCUCGGCUCCGCUCCGUCCGUCCCGGCUCGGCCCGGCCCGGCCCGGCCAUGGGCUGGCCCGUGCUGCUGAGCGCGGCCGCGCUCCUGGCCGCCGCCGCCGCCGCCUGGGAGCCCUCGGCCGAAGAGGAGCGGCUGUUCAAGGCCUGGAUGCUGCAGAACAAGCGGCGGUACGGCCCCGAGGAGUACCCGCGCAGGCUGCGCACCUUCCUGGGCAACAAGCGGCGCAUCGAGGAGCACAACGCGGGCAACCACAGCUUCCAGAUGGGCCUGAACCAGUUCUCGGACCUGACCUUCGCCGAGUUCAAGAAGCUGUACCUGUGGAGUGAGCCACAGAACUGCUCAGCCACCAAGGGGAACUUCCUGCGCAGCUCUGGGCCGUACCCCGACUCCAUCGACUGGAGGAAGAAGGGGAAUUUCGUGACACCCGUGAAGAACCAGGGUGCCUGCGGGAGCUGCUGGACCUUUUCCACCACGGGCUGCCUGGAGUCUGCCAUUGCCAUUGCCACGGGAAAGCUGCUCUCUCUGGCAGAGCAGCAGUUGGUUGAUUGCGCCCAGGCCUUCAACAACCACGGCUGCAGUGGGGGCCUGCCGAGCCAAGCCUUCGAGUACAUCCUGUACAACAGAGGGCUCAUGGGGGAGGACAGCUACCCGUACCGGGCCAAGAACGGCACCUGCAGGUUCCAGCCGGACAAGGCCAUUGCCUUUGUCAAGGACGUGAUCAAUAUCACACAGUAUGAUGAGGAUGGCAUGGUGGAAGCUGUGGGGAGGCACAACCCAGUGAGCUUUGCCUUUGAGGUGACCAGUGACUUCAUGCACUACAGGAAAGGAGUGUAUUCCAACCCCCGCUGCGAGCACAGCCCUGACAAGGUGAACCACGCCGUGCUGGCCGUGGGCUACGGACAGGAGGAUGGCACUCCCUACUGGAUCGUCAAGAACUCCUGGGGCCGCCUGUGGGGCAUGCAGGGGUAUUUCCUUAUUGAACGAGGCAAGAACAUGUGUGGGCUGGCCGCCUGUGCCUCCUACCCCGUUCCCCAGGUGUAGCACAGCGCAGGGGGACGGGGCUGGAGCGACUGAGGGGCUGAGUGCCGGCAGGAGGGGACAGAGGGAGCUGCCACGCUGUCCCCUGCCGGAGCUGUCACCUGCCGGAGCUGUCCCCUGCCGGAGCUGUCCCCUGCAGGCGGCUCGGCUCGGCUCGGCUCGGCUCGGCUCGGCUCGGCUCGGCUCGGCUCGGCUCGCACAGCCCUGCUGCAGCAGCACACCCUGUACCUGCCCUCUGUGACCGAACCCGGGUGCUCCUGUGCCCCUGCCGUGUCCCGCCAGGUGUGCCAGGUGUGCCAGGUGUGCCUCCGUGCCCUGCCCCAGCCGGGACACCCCACGGCAUCCGAUCCGCACGGAGCUCCCCGUGCCCCUCGGGUGGCUUUUGGUUUUGCAAUCACCGAGUGUAAAUUUCAGCGAUUUUAUAAUUUCCUCUGAAGGUAAUUUCCCCGUUGUUUAAAGGAAGGAUGAGUGCUGUGAUUUGUACACUUUUACCAAUUUUCAUGAGAUGCCUGCUAUAUUUUUAUUAAAAACCAGGGUGUUUUAAAUCA